UUUACAACAGAACCACCUCAAUGGACAAGUCUUGUCUCUUUCUACGUUAUUCAAAGUCAACUGUUCCCGACAUCUCGCCUGAAUCAUCGUUUGGAUCGCCGCCCCCGGAGACAUUCUCUAGUUGCUGGGAGGAGCUUUUUGGCAACUUCAAUGACUUUGAAGAAAUGGUCUGUGUGGAUAUGGCGGCGGCCCCCUCGGAUCAGUUGAAAAACUCCAUUAACGGCGGAAGGGAACAUAAUGUUAGAUCGGGUGUUGCUAAACAUGAAGAAUUACCCAAGAAGGAAAAAGGUUAUAUAGGUGUAAGGAAGCGGCCAUGGGGGAAAUACGCGGCUGAGAUUAGGGAUUCAACCCGACAUGGUCUUAGGGUUUGGCUCGGAACGUUCGACACCGCUGAAGCUGCCGCUUUAGCUUACGACCAAGCCGCGCUUUCAACAAGAGGAUCAUCGGCGACGCUCAAUUUUCCAAUCCACGUUGUCAGGGAAUCGCUUUGGGACAUCAAGUACCGAUGCGACGACGGUUGCUCGCCGUUGGAGGUGCUGAAGAAGAAACACAGCUUAAGGACAAGAUCCAAGAACAUGAGGACCAGCAGCGAACCAAACAAGGUACGAGAACAAAACAACUUGGUUGUGUUGGAAGAUUUAGGAACUGAUUACUUGGAACAACUUCUAGGUUGUUCAUGCUGAAAGCCUGAAACUCACU